AGACUCAACUGAUGCGCAUGUGCCAUUUGAAGACUUCCGUAAACAGACGAAAAUGUCAAGUUUGUCACUCAGUCGAAGUCAAACCUUUAGAAAUCCUGACGAGGAUUUUGUGCUACAUGGCCAACGGACAUCAUAUUGUGAGAAGCCUGACUAUCUCAGUAAUUCUCAGCUGACCAGUACUUCAGAGAGGCUGUGUCAACACCUCAAGUUUAACCCAGAAAAGUAUGAGGACAGGCGCGGAAAUCUGGGCAAUCUGGCGACAAAACUGGAUCGAGUGAGCCAGGAACUCUCCAACACUUUCACCCGAAGUGUGACAUUCAGUGACAGUAUGAUGAGGAAACCUUCCAUGGAACAGAUUGUCAGGAUCGACCAUCUCUAUGACAAGGAAUUUCCAGAGGCCAAGCGUUCUAGAUUCACUCCGUCGAUAUCCAGAUCAGAAAAGUCUAGAUAUUACCCAACAGAUGAUUAUACUAUGGUGGAGAGGAGAGAUUAUCCAUUAGCUACUUACGAUUCACUAGCGAAGAAGUACUAUCCUGUCACCUUCAGUGCUGUGUUGGAGGAGGAGAAACUGAAGGAUCAACUUUCACGUUCACAGUGUAUGUCUGCGCCAGCCUCGGGAAGGAAACACGCCUACACAAGAGCCAAGUCAGCUCUCCAGAAACUGAGGCAGACAGCUGUGGAUGACAAAUAUCACAAGUAUAACUCUAGAGAUUUCCAGAUGAUGGAGAGAAGCAAUGAAGAGAAAAUGUAUUCAAUGUCACGAGAGGCUCCUACUAUAGCAUCAUCAAUGGGCAUGCUUACCACUCCCUAUGAGAGUAACAUUGCCACUCUACGCAGGGAUAGACUCAGACUGGAGGAAGAAAGACUACUAGAGCUGAAAAAAUUAGAGGAAAUUGAGAAGUUGAGGCCUCCCAGAGAAAAAUGGUAUGAGUCUACAGGGACUGACUUCCAUUAUGAAUGUCACAAGAAUACAGAGCUAGAAAAGACGGAACAAAAAUGGAAAGACACCACCAAGAAAUUGGAGAGAAAUGAGACACUGAUGAAAUCUCUGGCUGAAAUCUGUAUGUGAGGAUAUAAAGCUUGUAUAGGGAAUCAAUAAAAGUGUAUAAGACACAAGAUAUCAGACUGCUAGUUAGGACAUUUGCAGUGUGGAAUGAAGACAAUUAGAAAGUGAAUCUAUUGUGAAAUCAUUGUGAAAUCUAUGCACUGGUCAUUAAAAGGAUCUGCAUCAAGAAAUUAGAAAGAUGCAACUUUAUGAAAAAUAUCUUUUACAUGUCUAAAGGAUUUUCAUUUAAAAAGGAUUUAAAGAAGGAAUUUCAUUGUGUUUUUUGUAUGGAAAAGGAAUCAAGUUACAUAAGUACUUCCAUGCUUAACAGCUAUGCUGUUAAGAAACAUAUGAACGUUUUGAAAUAUACUGCCAAUCUACUAGAUCAUUUUAUGGAUUCUGAUUUGUUUAUUAAACCUGCAGUUUUGUUUAAGGUAAUAUGUUAUGCAUGACCAGUCUUUGUUAACAAAAUAAGAUUUAUAUUCUGGACUUAAGGGUUCAACAGCAGUUUUUAAAACAUUCUGACGAUCCUGCUGAAUUGUGGUUUUUUUUUUUUAAUUAUGUACUAUUUAUUUAUGUAUUUAAUUGCAUUCCACUUUUGUUACACAUAGGAUUUUAGCUUGUACGGAAAGUAAAUUAUAUGUGUUAUUAUAGGUCAUUAAGGUAUAUU